AUGACAACAGUACAUAAUCCAAACAACUGGCACUGGGUUGAGAGAAAUUGUAUUCCUUGGGCAAAGAAUUACUUCAAUGAAAACUUACCAAAGCUUUCUGUUCCUGCAGAUGAUUCAACAAUUUCUGUAAAGUCAGUCAAGUCACUUUCAGGUGAUUGUGAUGUCACUCAAAGAAAAGGUAAGGUGAAGUGCCUUUUUGAGUUGAAGAUUGAGUUCGUUGUAAAUGUCACGACUGGCGAGGAAGAAGAGGAAGUUACCGUUGUUUUACCUGAAUUUGAACAUGAUUACGAUGAAUCUGAUUUUGUUUUUGAUAUUCGUACAUCCAAGUCUGACAACAAGGAUUUGAUCAAGAAACAUUUUCUGCCUGUUGCUGUUAAUGAAGUUUUUCUGAAGUUUCAACCUGACUUACUGGUUGCUAAUGAAACUCAGGUUAAGCAUAAUACAGACUAA